UUAGCAUUAGCACCUCUGGUCUUGGAGCUUGUCUGCAUACAGCUGAUGUCUGCAUACAGCUGAUGUUUUUAUAUUCUUAACAAUCAAGUAUAAACCGUCAUCUUUGCCACUGCCACUCGUAAAACUCCUAUAUAAACCCAUGCAAUUCCUUUACUUCAUCUUAAAAUAAUCUUCUUCUUCUUCUUCUUGCUUUUUCGUUCUGCACCAGAUAACAGCUUCCUAAUUAAGCUCUUCCUCGCUUUCUCCUUCUAAGGAUUUUUUUGUUAGGUUUCUCUUGAUAUCAAUGGAAGGUGAUCUGAAGAGCUCAAGUUCAUUUACAAUUGGCAAUACUGCCCAAGAGACAGGCCUCUCGUACUUGCCGGAUUGUUAUGUAUUUCCGCCGUCUCACCGUCCUAGUUUGGCUCCUGAGGUUGCCAAUGUACCCAUCAUUGAUUUUGCUAUGCUGAAACAGAAUCCCGGCCAAAGGGCUCAGGUGAUCAGAGCAAUUGGAAAUGCUUGUCGCCGUUUGGGUUACUUUCAGAUAAUAAAUCAUGGAAUUUGCCCAACCACACUAGAGGGAGCCCUGUCAGCAGCAUCAGAUUAUUUCGAAUUACCCAUGGAAGAGAAAAUUAAGUUGAUGUCAAACGACGUACGGAAGCCUGUAAGGUACGGGACAAGCAUCAGGGACGGGACUGACAAAUUCCAAUUUUGGAGGGUCUUCCUCAAGCAUUAUGCAUAUCCUCUUUCUGACUGGCUUGAUUUAUGGCCCAACAAUCCUCCUCAUUAUAGGGAAAAGAUGGGGAAAUAUUGUCAGGAAGCGAGGAAACUGGCUCUGGAAUUAAUGGCAGCCAUAACAGAGAGCCUUGGGCUAGGUCCCACAUAUUUGGGCAGCAAAAUGGAGGAGGGGGUUCACGUCAUGGCAGUAAAUUGCUACCCACCAUGCCCAAAACCAGAUAUGGCUCUAGGGUUACCGCCCCAUUCGGACUACAGUUGCCUAACCAUUCUGCUCCAGAGUUCACCUGGCUUGGAGAUCAUGGACCCAGAAGAUGGCAAGUGGAAGGCGGUUCCAGAUCAACUCCAUGGCACUCUUCAGGUCCAAGUUGGGGACCAUGUUGAGGUGCUGAGCAAUGGCCUUUAUAAAAGCAUUUUGCAUAGGGUUACACUCAACUCUCAGAAGACUCGAAUAUCAAUUGCCAGUCUACAUAGUCUUGGUGCAGAUGAGAAAAUGGGAACUGCAAAGGAGCUUGUGGAUGAUCAACAUCCUGAGCGAUAUAAAGAAAGCAGCUUCAGAGAUUUCUUGAAUUUUAUUUCCAGCAAUGAUAUUGGAGAAGGCAAAAGCUUCAAGAGUACAUUAAUUAGACAUUAAGGAUUCCUCAUCAUCACCCAGAUAAUUAAGGAUCGAUCAAGAUGUUUUUGCUCUUUUUGUCUGCCCAGUCCUUUUCACGAGAGAAGUCUUCCAUGUCUCCUGAGAAUGGAAUAAGGUCGCAGAUGCACUAGGUCAUAUAUUAGGCAGCGGUGAGAGAGUUAUAAUAUUAGUUCUUGGUUAUAUGCGAGUCUGUUUCUUUUUCUUUUUUCAGCAGAUCGUCUUAUUAUUAGACAAGGGAGUUGGCCAAUUUGAUAAUUGGCUGGUGUCAGUAGUAAAGAUUAGGCGAGUCAUUGCUGUAGUGCCAGUCGGUGGCGGUAGCUUGGGUUUUGAGUUGGGUUUUUUCUUUUUUGCAUGUCAGCUUGCUGAGAAUGAAUGUCUACAAGCAACUCUUUAUAUAAUUCUUAGCUUUUCCAGAAUAGUAGGACAGGCUGAAUUUAAUGUCUUCUGGAAAAAACUCAAUCUGGUGGACUUGAUCCGCAAAAAUCUCCAAGCCUGUACUUGUAUUUUUGGUUGUAGAUAACUUAAAUUUAAAUUUAUACCGUCCAUUAAAAAUCAAAGGCUGAAAUUAGAAACAGAGGACGGUCAAGGCAA